AUGAGGGGUAGAGUGGAGGAGACAAAGAUUGAACCCAAGACCUCCUACUCUAAUACCAUGUUAUUUUAUCAAUUGUCCCAAAAGUUUAAGAUUUUAGGCCCAUAUGUGAAGGUUAAUAGUGGUUUAGAAAGUGUUAAGAUUGGUAACCCAGGCCCAAGAUUGGUAGCACGGUGGUCGCCUCCACCUGAGAGCUGUUAUAAGAUCAAUUUCGACGCAGCUCUGUUUGAUCAUUUGGGCUCUGCGGGUAUUGGGGUGGUUGUUCGAGAUCAUAGAGGAGAAGUUAUGGCAGCCCUUAGUCAGAAAAUUGCUCUCCCUCAGUCAGUUGCAUUGGCAGAAGCUCGGGCAGCCCAUAGAGCAAUCACUUUUGCUCAAGAAAUGUCUUUCUUUCAUAUCCAGGUUGAAGGGGAUUGUCUAGGGGUUAUUCGUGCUUUGCAAUCCCAGGGACAGUGCAAAACCUUGUAUGGACACGUGAUUGAUGAUGCUCGGAGAUUAGGCUAUGCUUUACAUUCUUGUCAGUUUUUUCAUGUUGGAAGGGGAGGAAAUAAGUUAGCUCAUGAAUUAGCUAGAAGAGCAGUUUUAUCUGCAGAUACUGAUGUAUGGGUAGAAGAUCUACCUGAUGAUUUGGACGCUGUGUUCCGAUCUGAUUUUUAUUAA